AUGAGUGAGAAUAUCGGAGAAACAUCGAAUCAUUCGAUUGGGACUACGGUGGAAAAAGUCGCUGCUAGCCAGAACAAAGACGAACAGAAGGCCAAGCAACCAAAGGCAGGUGCUUCUAGCUCAAAUGUCGAAAAGCAUAGAUUUAAGUGUCCGGACUGUAAGUUUGUUGGAGCCACUAAAUGGCUCCUUACCCGACAUACGAGGGCCAAGCACGAUCCGUCGAGUAAGAUCUUCAAGUGCGAUAAGUGCAGUUUCACCACGUCCGACAAGUGGCAGCUCACCCGGCACUUAAAAACGCACGACAAAAAGGAGCUCAUCUGUGAGGACUGCUCGUUCACGACGAAGUCCCGGAAAGCAUACGACCAGCACAUGAAGACGCAGCACAAAUAUGGUCAUUCUUCCAAAAUGCUGACAUGUCCAAUAUGCACCCGGCUCUUCGUGAACCAGAAGGAACUGGACGCACACGUUCUGGCCCAGCAUCCAGAUGCCAGAACGGCGUUUACGUGCAGUGAAUGCGACGAGGAUUUCGAAACGGAAAAAUUGCUUCUAGAACACAUCGACGAUGUGCACUCGAUCGUGACGCAUCAGUGUCAUCGAUGUUCGUUGCGUUUGCAAACCGUUUCCGAUCUCGAGCGGCAUGUUGAAUGCACUCAUUCGGAAGGCACCGGUGGCCCAUUCCGAUGUGAAGUGUGCGAAAUGUGCUUCAAGUACAAGAUGUACCUAAUGAAGCACAUUGCACUCAAGCAUCGGAAGCCGUAAAAACGCCACUUCCGUUCCAUGCCGCUCUCCGCAUUUCUUCGCCUCCUCCUGUUCGGUUCACAGUUCUGCCACCACCAUUUACCAACACUCACCAAUCCAAGAUUCCAUCGAACUUCCGGUUACUUGGCCCCAUCUCUUCCGCUGAUCGUCGAUUCCACCCGACCAUUCCCGCCGACCGCUUCCGUUCGUUUCCUGCACCAUAAAGCGUCGCCAAUUCGACGCAAGCCGUUCACGAAGCGAGAGAAAUCGUACCCACAACCUGGAAACGGGUUGUGGGGAUCCUCUGUUGUGCUGGGAGGGGUGUCCUCCAGUAUUUAUUCGGGUAAGAUUUUUUCAUUAUUCUUUCCCAGCAUUUGUCCAGGUUUCAACCAUUGUUUUAUUUCUUCUUUUUUCUCCAAAUCUAGCUCCAUCUUCUGAUCGUUGCGGCUGCCUGCCGAUUCGG